UGCCGCGGGCUCUCUAUGGUCCCUCCCGCCUGUGAGCUAGAGCGGCCGGGGCGACGCGCGGGCGGCGCGCGGGGGCCGCCGGGAGUGGGGCGGGCGCUUGCUUCGCGGCUUCCCUCCCCACCUCUGCUGCGGCGAGCUAGGGCCCCGGAACCGACAUGGGCGCCGCCGCGUGGGCACUGCCGCCCUUGCUGCUGCGUGUGUCUCUUCUGCUACUGCUUCUGCAGCUCCCGGGGCUGCCCGCGGGCUCCUGGGACCCGGCUGGUUACCUGCUCUACUGCCCGUGCAUGGGUAAGGCCUCCCGAGCCCUCUGCUCGAUUGGAGAAACGGAGGCCAGGAGAGGAGAAACCCUGCUCUGACGCGCCCCAGAGACAAUUUGACAAAUCCAGAGGAGAUCUCCAGAGUGAGGCAGAACCGGCUUUUCUCCUCUCUGCCAUAGUUGCAGGGCGCUUUGGGAACCAGGCCGAUCAUUUCUUGGGCUCCCUUGCAUUUGCAAAGCUACUGAAUCGCACCUUGGCUGUACCUCCAUGGAUUGAGUACCAGCAUCAUAAACCUCCCUUCACCAAUCUGCAUGUGUCCUACAAGAAAUACUUCAAGCUGGAGCCCCUCCAGGCCUACCAUCGGGUCAUCAGCCUGGAGGACUUCAUGGAGAAGCUGGCACCCACCUAUUGGCCUCCUGAGAAGCGGGUGGCAUACUGCUUUGAGGUAGCAGCUCAGCGAAGCCCUGAUAAGAAGACGUGCCCCAUGAAGGAAGGAAACCCCUUUGGCCCAUUCUGGGACCAGUUUCACGUGAGUUUCAACAAGUCGGAGCUUUUUGCAGGCCUUUCCUUCACCGCCUCCUAUAAAGAACAGUGGAUCCAGAGAUUUUCACCAAAGGAACAUCCGGUGCUUGCUCUACCAGGGGCCCCAGCACAGUUCCCCAUCCUGGAAGAACACAGGUCACUCCAGAAGUACAUGGUAUGGUCAGACGAGAUGGUGAAGAUGGGAGAAUCCCAGAUCCGCAACCACCUCAUCCGGCCCUAUGUGGGCAUUCAUCUGCGCAUUGGCUCUGACUGGAAGAAUGCCUGUGCUAUGCUGAAGGAUGGCACCGUGGGCUCGCACUUCAUGGCUUCUCCACAGUGUGUGGGCUACAGCCGCGUCACGGCAGCCCCACUUACCAUGACCAUGUGCCUCCCUGACCUGAAGGAAAUCUGGCGGGCUGUGAAGCUCUGGGUGAGGGCGCUGAGCGCCCAGUCGAUCUACAUUGCCACUGAUUCUGAGAGCUAUGUGCCGGAGAUCCAGCAGCUCUUCAAAGAGAAGGUGAAGGUGGUGAGCCUCAAGCCAGAGGUGGCCCAGAUCGACCUGUACAUCCUUGGCCAAGCUGACCACUUUAUUGGCAAUUGUGUGUCAUCUUUCACUGCCUUCGUGAAGCGCGAGCGGGAUCUUCAGGGGAAGCAGUCCUCUUUCUUCGGCAUGGACAGGCCCCCUCAACUGCGAGACGAGUUCUGAUGCUUGCCAGGGCACAUCAGUCUAAGCAGGGGCCCAGACAGCCAAAAGUGCUCCCAGAACUGCAAGCUCCUCUUCUUGCCUGUCAGCGAUGGAGGACAGUUCCAGAGACUUCCUGGAAGAAGGAGACCUUCCAUCGAAGGGCACAGGGCUUCCAACCUCCCAAAGGCCCAAAUGUCCCCCGACCCCAUGUGCUUCUUACUGUUUCUCCAAUCAGCAGGGCAGUCCAACAUCUAUCUUUUGAUCUGCCUUGCUCUGAGCAGCCUAGGGUGGUGAACUCUCUCCAGAGAGAUUUUUAUAUAGAGAUUUCUAUAGUUUUGAUACAAGGUCAUGACUACCCUAGAACACUCUCUCAUUUUUAAAAAUCAGUAAAGUCUAUUAGCAUAGAUACCUAAAGUGAUCUUAACUGAAUGUGGAUGAGCCAAGGUUGGGGUAAGUCUAUUGGCCACUUUUCCAGAUGUCCCCCAAUGUGGCCCCCAGACUUGUCCCCACUGCCUGGCCAGAGCCAUUGUCAUUCCACUUGUGAAACCAUUGCCAUGCUUGGGAUGUGAACGUUCUCCAUCAGUAGCACCAUGCAGAUGGGAGUUGUCAGUCAUGGUGCUGAGUAGUCUCUGAGAGCAGCCAAGUGCCACUCACACAGCAUGUUCCCUCCGAGGAGCACACACCACCAAGGCAGGUGAUCAUGGUAUUUCUCUCAGUCUUUGGUCACUGAUGGCUGCCACAAACCUGGCACUGUCAGAGCCUCAGAAUGCAUCCAGGGUCAGGGCUUUGGGGACUGACAGGAUCCCCUGAGGCCGCCCUCUCCAAGGGCCUGGUUGGUGUCCAGAGCCUGUUCUCUCAGCCCCCAUCCUGCAGCUGGAACCCUCACACCAUCUGUUCCCAAAGGAGUGUCUGCCAAGCCCUUGACGUGGAGAAGAUGCUCAGGACCCAGGAGCCAUCUGAAUUCCCAAUUUGGAAGCAGCCUUUCCUUCUUCCCAUCCUGUGUGAUCUCUGCUGUUGCAUGAGGCCUUAAGGUGUUACAGCCAUGAGGUUUAUGGUCUCUUAGAUACUGCGGUUCUUAUAACUCAUGACAUCGGAGAGCCAAUGAUUUUUUGACCUUGUGGUUCUAAGUUUCACAUCUAACACCUGUGGAUCUCUUACCUGUCAUGUGACCUUCCUUCACCUUUGAUCCUAGAUAGGUGGCCCAGAGCUUCAUGCUGGGGCUUCUCCCUUGAUUGGCUUUGGAAAGAAAUCCUUUGUUGUCAGGGGCACAAUGAGUCAGAGGUCAGAGGCUGCAGGAGGAUCUCCAACACCAAAGCUAGCAUUUGCUGCCUAGAGCUGUUGCCUGACUCUAAGCAGGAGAAACUACAGAAAACACUUUGUAGUGUUCCCUCUUAGGAAAACAGUGAAGUGUUUUAAAUCCUGCCAGAGACAGCUUAUCUGUCCAGACUUGCACUCAAGCCUCACCCAGAGAAAGAGCCACAGACUGGGGAACCAUGUCAUGAAAGCGUGGCUCACUGGCCAAGUUUAUAUCUGAAUUCCUCUACCAUUCACAGCCUUACAGUAGGCACACACUUGCAUCUAGGGCUCUGCCAGGCCAUCCAAAUCUUCUUGAUUGGCAUCUGCAGCAAUGCUAGCCUGUAUCCUAGAAGAGAGCAGUGAAGCUGUCAGAUCCAGGUGUGCUUUGUUGGCAAGCACUUUACUCUUUGGCCUAGCUUCCUCACCUUUAAGGUGGUGAUAAAACCCACAUGUUGUUGAAAGCUCAAAUCAGCUAAAGCCUAUGUAUAUAAGAGCACAAUGUAAACUUGACACAAAGGCACAUAUGUGGCUAUUGAUUAAUUUGCUUCUUUUUUUUUUUUCGGUACCGGGGAUCAAACUCAGGUCCGCCUGCUUGCGCAGCUGAAACCACUGAGCUAAGUCCCCAGCCUUAUUAAUUUGCUUCUUAUUGCAUACCUGUUCUGUCCCAGGCACUGUGCUUGCCAAGAGCUAUAUGGGCAUUCUCUUGUUCCCCGUCCCAGCCCUGGGAAGUAGUAACUGCUAUCCUCAUCUUUCUGCACAAGGGAAAAUGAACACUUAAGAGAAUUCUUAUAACCUCAAAGCUGUGCACUGGUGGUGUUAAGCCAGUAUUCGUUCUCUCAAACCCAGUUCCAUUAGCCACUGUGCUCUGCUUCCCGCAGUUCACAUGGUGCACUUUACACUGUGCAUCUUAAAGAGGCCUCCACUGGAAAAGAUCAGCCACCUUGGUUUCCAUGGGGCACCUGCUGUGGGUUUGCCACUGCCAGGUUUUGGGAGGAAACUUUCAUAUAAGAAACAGCCUACCACAUGAAGCUUACUCUGCCCUUGGAGUUGUUUAAUUCAGUAUUCUUUCAUUUAACAGUUAUUUAUUGAUCACCUACUAUAUGCCAGGCUCUAAAGUACUAGAUAUCAGGAAAUCAAACAAAGUCAUUGUUCUUAAAGAAUUUGCAGUCUGGAAAGUGGAAGGCAUAACAAGUGUACUGUGGGAGGUGUUGAUAAGUGCUCUGAAGAGAAAAGGCCUGGGGGUGCAGAGAAGGACCUGUCUUAGAUAAGGAAAAGAGUUGCCUUCUGGAGGGAAGGAGUACACUGUUCAGAUAGCAGGAGACCAAGCAUUCCCAGCAGAGGAAGUAGCAUCAGCUAAAGCCCUGAGGCUAGUCUGUGUGCCUGAGGUGCAGCAAGGAGGCAGGGAACAGAGCAGCAGAUGGGAAUGACCAGGUGAAUGUUGUAUAGCCUACAGGGCUAGGCUGAGGCCUAGACUUGGCUUUUAGUUGUAAGGAUACCAUACAAGGCUCUAUAUGGGAUUCUGGACAGAAGAAGGUGAUGAUCUGGUAUUUCUGAAGGAUCCUGGCUGGCAUUUAGAGAGAGGAGGAGUGAAGCCAAAGAGAUAGUGUGGGGUUAUGGCAGGGAUGCAGAUGAGAGCCAGGGGGCUCAUCUCCCCCUGGCUGAAAUUUCAGCACCCUCUUCUCCCAAAAGGCAGAGGCCAUUGCAUUAUUUUAAAAAAUAUUUUUAUAAUUAAGUCUUUUUUGAAGAGAGAAAUCUUUGCAUAGUUUUAAUCAUGCAUCACAUACAAUUUAAUGUCUUGGCUCUUUACUUAAUUGUAGGUCAUAUUUUCCUACCAAUACAUAGCCUGAAUAAAUGCUUUUAAUUAUAUAAAACCCCAUUAAAAGGUAUUCCAUAGUUUGUCAUUUUCCUAUUAUGAGACUUUCACGUGUUCCCAAUUUUUCACUACUGUUAAUUUGAAAAAUGUUGUAAAGAUUUUUCUUUAAAGUAUGCGCUAAAAUAAAUUCCCAGAAGUGGAUUUAUUGGA